AAUACCCAAAUAAAUACUGCAUAUCCAACAAGUUAUCUUAACCCAACAAUUUUCAGAUCAUCUUCAUCAUCGUCGACUCAAUAAAAUAAUAAUAAUAAUAAAAAAAUAAUGGCAACCGUCUCUACCUUGUCUUCUCCGGCUUGGCCAAACCCUGACCCUGAACCUAACCCAACCCAAGAAAUCGAAACCGAAGCCACCGACACAACAACCACAUCCGACGACCACCACCAGCAGCAGCUUCCCGACAGUCUCCCACAAAAAACAACAAACCAUCCCGUAUAUUCAAUCAGCCUGCACCACGUGUCAUUCAACCAAGACAACGGAUGUUUCGCCUGUGGUAUCAACAACGGGUUCCGGAUCCACAACUGCGACCCGUUUCGCGAAAUCUUCCGUCGCGAUUUCGAAACGGGCGGAAUCGGGAUAGUCCAGAUGCUGUUCCGCUGCAACAUUCUAGCCUUAGUUGGUGGUGGGCCCAAUCCUCAAUACCCAUUAAACAAAGUCAUGAUUUGGGAUGAUCAUCAAGGCAGAUGUAUCGGUGAGCUUUCGUUUCGGUCCGAAGUUAAAGGGGUUCGAUUACGUAGAGACCGAAUAAUUGUGAUCCUUGAACAGAAAAUAUUUGUGUAUAAUUUUACUGAUUUGAAAUUGUUGCAACAAAUUGAGACUUUUGGGAACCCGAAAGGGCUGUGUGAGGUUUCGCAGGGGUCCGGGGUUGGUGGGUUUGUGCUUGUGUGUUUAGGAUUGAGAAAAGGGCAAGUGAGAGUUGAACAUUAUGGUUCUAAGAGGACUAAGUUCAUCUUGGCUCAUGAUUCGAGGAUUGCCUGUUUUGGUUUGUCACAAGAUGGUGGGAUGAUUGCUACCGCGAGUAAUAAGGGGACGCUUGUUCGGGUUUUCAAUACGCAUGACGGCACCUUGUUGCACGAGGUAAGGAGAGGUGCAGAUAGAGCAGAGAUAUACAGCCUUGCAUUUUCGCCUACUGCUGAGUGGCUAGCAGUCUCAAGUGACAAGGGCACCAUUCAUGUGUUCAGCAUCUCAGCUGUCGAUAAUCCGGAUCAUAAUGCCCCUGGUUCUCCAUCUAGCUCACCUCGCGCUCUUAUUAAAGGAGUUAUGCCAAAGUAUUUUAGCUCUGUGUGGUCAUUGGCCCAGUUUCGUUUGGUGGAAGGUUCUCAGUAUAUUGCUGCAUUCGGUCAUCAAAAGAAUACAGUGGUUAUUCUCGGCAUGGAUGGAAGCUUCUAUAGAUGCAAGUUUGACCCAAAAACGGGUGGGGAGAUGACUCAACUGGAAUAUCACAACUUUGUAAAGCCUGAUGACUCUUUCUAAUUGCUGAAAACGUGGAAAAUAAUGUACUUGUUUCCACGAUAUGUUUGUUCAUCCUUCACUCGUUUUCUUUUCCCUGACACUUCUGAAGAAAGGGGUAUGUAAUUUUGUAAAUACCAAUGUAUAUAAAUGUUACAAAUGUGACCUUAUGAACUUGUGAAAAAUGAAGACGAGAGUGUUGUGUUUGGAAAA